GGGCGGGGCCGGUAGGGCCCGAAAAGGCGUCCGUGCUCUUGGGAGCGACCUCCAGGAGGACAGCGACGGCCGCCGCGCGAUCACGGGCGCUAUGGGUCUGUUCUCGGAGCUGAAGUUGGCUGUGCCCUGGGGCCACAUCGCCGCCAAAGCCUGGGGCUCCCAGAAGGGCUCCCCCAUUCUCUGCCUGCACGGCUGGCUGGACAAUGCCAACUCCUUCGACAGACUCAUCCCUCUCCUCCCAAGAGACUUUUACUACGUGGCCAUGGAUUUCGGGGGCCACGGGCUCUCGUCCCACUACAGCCCAGGCCUUCCCUAUUACUAUCAGAACUUCGUGGGUGAGAUCCGGAGAGUCUCGGCAGCCUUGAAGUGGGAUCGCUUCUCCAUCAUGGGCCACAGUUUUGGUGGCACUGUGGGUGGAAUGUUUUCCUGUAUGUUCCCCGAGAUGGUGGAUAAGCUUAUCUUGCUGGACUCAUCCCCUUUUGUGCUGGACUCUAAUGAACUGGAGAACCUGCUGACCUACAAGCGGAAGGUGAUAGAGCACACGCUGCUGGUGGAGCAGGCCGCCCAGGAGCCCCCGCGCGCGCUCAGCCCGGAGGAGAUGCUGCAGAGGCUCCUGAAGAAUAACAGCCACGUCGGCGAGGAGUGCGGGGAGCUGCUGCUGCAGCGGGGAGCCACCCAGGUGCCCGCAGGCCUGGUGCUGAACAGAGACCGGAGGAUCGCCUGGCCAGAGCACACCUUCGAUUUCAUCAGCAAGGAGCUGUGUGCACACGCCAUCAAGAAGCUGCAGGCCCACAUGCUGCUCAUCAAAGCAACUGGAGGAUUUUUUGACGUGAGGAGAGAAUAUGAUGCUGACAAGGGGCUCAUACUGUUCAUGACUGACCAGCUGAAAUCUGCCCUAGGAGAGCGGUUCCAUUUUGUGGAAAUUCCAGGCAACCACUACGUCCACAUGAACCAACCCGAUCACGUGGCCAGUAUCAUUGGCUCCUUCUUACAGAGCGGGAACAGGAUCCCAGCCCAGCUGUAGCCCUGGGCCUGGGGCCACUGAGACCUGUGCUCACCACUCACCACCGACGCCCAGCUCCGGGCCCAGCCAGGCCAGGCACGACGGGGCCAGGCCUCACUGGUCUUGAGCAGCAGGAGCUGGCAGAGCAGAGGUGUGGGGUGUGAUUUCUGUCUCCAACAUUUGUGAGUUCACAGGGGAGACUGUGUCUGGAUUCGGGGUCUGUGUUGUGGCUGGAAACCGGCAGUGAGCUGGGAGUGCAGGACUGGACAGGCCGCCCGGCUUGCAGCCAGCAGCUCUUUCGCCUUUCCUGUGUCCGCCUGGAUGAAUAAAUUGUUCUUUUCUCUCUCA